UCCGGGCGCCGCGCGCACACACCGGGCCGGCUCCCGAGGGCUCCAGCGCGGCCCCGGGGAGCGCGAGCGGGGAGCGCGCGGCCUGCGGUCAGCGGCCCAGCGGCCGGAAAGAUGGUGUCCUGGAUGAUCUCCCGAGCCGUGGUGCUGGUGUUUGGAAUGCUCUAUCCGGCAUACUACUCCUACAAAGCUGUGAAGACGAAAAAUGUCAAGGAAUAUGUCCGCUGGAUGAUGUACUGGAUCGUCUUUGCCCUCUAUACUGUGAUUGAAACAGUGGCCGAUCAGACCCUUGCAUGGUUUCCCCUGUACUAUGAGCUGAAGAUUGCCUUUGUCAUUUGGCUGCUGUCCCCCUAUACCAGAGGGGCGAGUUUAAUAUACAGAAAGUUCCUUCAUCCUCUUCUCUCCUCAAAGGAAAGGGAAAUCGAUGACUAUAUUGUCCAAGCAAAGGAAAGAGGCUAUGAGACCAUGGUGAACUUCGGGCGGCAGGGUUUGAAUUUAGCGGCUGCAGCGGCUGUCACGGCAGCAGUGAAGAGCCAAGGAGCAAUAACGGAGCGUUUGCGAAGUUUCAGCAUGCAUGAUUUGACAGCCAUCCAAGGUGAUGAGCCUGUGGGACAGAGACCCUACCAGACUUUGCCAGAAGCAAAGAGGAGAAGCAAACAAGCCAGUGAACCAGCAGCCUACGGAAUUCCAGUGAAAGAUGGAGGUGAGCAAACAGACGAAGAGGCCGAGGGGCCAUUCUCGGAUGACGAGAUGGUGACUCACAAGGGGCUGCGGCGGUCCCAGAGCAUGAAGUCUGUCAAGACCAUCAAAGGCCGCAAAGAGGUGCGGUAUGGUUCGCUCAAAUAUAAAGUGAAGAAGAGACCACAGGUGUAUUUUUAGUGUCUACACCUCGCCUAUCUCAAGACAAAUAACCCUAACAAGCCAACUUCACAUUCUAACUCGAUCCAUUCAGGACUUACACUUUAAUUCUUCUGAUUGCAGCAAGGACGGGAUUUACUUUAAUAAUUCUAAAGACUUUGUGUUUCUUUAACAAUUACUUUUAGAUAUUAACUGCUAAAUUAUGUAAAUUAGUUAUGUAAGGUUUAUUGAUGUACAUGUCUAUAACAGCAGUUACAGAGAAUCACAUUAUCUGAUUUCAUCAGCAACACUGAGUGUCUGGGAUCUAAGGGUAAAACACAGACCCAGGGUAUACUUGAAAAGUCUCUCCUUCAGGAUACAACUUGCCUUUCUAGUGUUGCAUUGUGUUUACACCCAUCCACGCCGCCCACAUCUGUCACAGGAGGGUGGUGACAGCCACUGAGCAGCCAGUGUCGUGACAAAGACAUAGUGUAAGGUGGUGGCAUGUCCUUUACAUAAGCCCUGGAAUCGUUCCACCGUGAGUUCAAAGUUUUUGAAACAGAUGUUUGAAAACCAGAUGUCCACACAGCACUUUCCUGGCUGGUUUUGCACACUUGAAAAUUGUUUACUUAUUUUAUGACUGUACAUUUACUUUAACUUUUAUUGAUGCUGUCUUUUUUGUUGUCUUAUAUUCUGACAUGUCAAAAUUAUGCCUUCAAAUCCAUCAUCUCCUUUUCCUAUGUGUUUGUUUUAUUUGUUAAAUUUGUUUGAUUUAUAGUAGAAACACAUAGCUAACACUCAUUAAAUUUUUACUUUUUGAUUUUUGGUUUUUUUUUUGAGAUAAGGUCUCUUGUAGCCCAAGGGUGGCCUUAAGCUCCUGAUCCUAUUCUUGCUUCCACCACACAGUUGCUGAAAUAACAGGUGUAUAUUAUUACACCUGACUGAUUUUAACUGCUUUUUAAUUAUAUUCUUGACAUCUAAGAAGUUAUUAACAUUAACCAGUUUCCAUAGUUGAAUUUGAUAUGUUUUUAUCAGCAACAAUUAUAUUAUUUUAUAUUUUAAAAUGUAGAUUUUUGGAAGAGAGUCAAGACCAGUAUAGCACUUAGUGUUUUCUUCUUUCUUUCUCUCUUGCUUUCUUCUUUUUUUAUUUCUUUGUUUGUUUUUUGGGGGUUGUUUUGCUUUUUUGGUUUUGGGGGGGCAGUUAGUGACAGGGUUUCUUUGUGUAGCCUUUGUUGUCCUGAAACUAGCUCUGUAGACCAGGCUGGCCUCGAACUCACAGAGACCCUCCUGCCUCUACCUCCUGAGUGCUAGAAUUAAAGGCGUGCGCCACCACUGCCCAACUGCACUCAGUGUAUUCUGACUCAUGGAACUGCCCAGUGACCACACCCCUUUCUCAAGCUUGGCAGGCGCAGAUGCUGGUUUAGAGACCUGGUGGUGACUAAAGUCAUUUGAAUCUUUUUCCUGGCUGAGUUUACUCCCUGAAGAUGAGUGUCAAGAUAGAACAUAAACAGUUGAUGCUACAUAGGAUAGGCUCCCAGAAAAAGGGCACCUUUUUAAUAUGAGAGAUAUAGAGGGAUUGAACUCGGAGGUUCAUUUCAGGUUGCCCUACUAACUGCACUAUGAACCUUAAAUCAGUAUUUUUGGGAUGAUGGAUAAUCAAAAUUUCCAUAAUCAAACAAUAUUUACUUGGGGGUGUCUGAGUGUCAUUCAUACAUGACCUCUUGAUGCUACUCUGAAUGUUUCCUAAACACCAAAUAUUUAACACCAAAUAAAAUUCAAUUUUUCUCCAAAACUUAAUCUACUUUGCUUUGACUCAUAGCGUCUUUGUUACUAAAAGACUUCUAUUCAAACAUCUAUAAAAUCACAUAAUAAAUUAUUGGAAAGAGUGUUAUUUAUUUGGCCUGGACCUGUCCUGCUCUGUAUAAACGCCAUGCUGCCUGCUUGGUUUCCCGGGCAGAGACAGUGUUACCUGAUAAGGCAAUUGGAUAAGUAAGUUACUCUGUCUCCAUAGGGACUGGUUGGCACCAUCUUAUCUUUUAAAAGUCCAGUGUCUGCAUUAAACCUGCCCUUUGGAGCCACUGGUAGAUGCCAUGCUUGACAUAGGCAAGGCCUGGA